AUUGGAGGUAUUACCUACAAAAAAAAGCAAACCAACUCAGUACAAUAUACUUGUUUCUACACACCAAACACCAACACUAUGAGUCUUCCAAUUGAAGAUCCUGUAUUUGGUGGGGUAAACUACACCGCUUCAGCAUAUAUGAUGGAGUUACUCUAUGCGUUAGGCGAUGGCAGAGACCCUGGAACUGGGAUUAAACCGUUUUCAAGAUGGAGCAAGAACCUCAUGGGACCAAAGCUCCCAGAAGCUCUUUUAAACUACAACGUGGGAAUGCAAGUGAACCUUCUUGGUGGGUACCCAAUAAGUAAAGACAUAGUACCACUGGCAAUAUUUACAGCAGUGUUUGUCAUUUUUACAUUAACCCAUUUGGCUAUUUUUGUCGUCAAUUGUGGCAGAAAUCACUACUUCUACCUCAGUUUGUACUGGGUCGGGUAUGGGAUUCUUCGGCUGCUUGGGUUUGGCUUGCGGAUACUUUGGGCCCACGAUAUUACCUUGGUAGACAUGGCUAUUGCAGACGAAUGUAUGCUAGUGCUUGGAAAUGUGGCAUUGGUAGCUUCAAACUUGGUAUUGGCCCAGAGGUUGUUUAGUUGGAGACAUCCGGUAGGAGGUGCAAGGAGGUUGUUUCGGUACACUAUGUACGGGAUGUAUCUUGUGGUGGCUGGAGUUAUUGCCAUGACGGUGACUGCAUCUGCGGUGCCAUACCUUUACUAUUUGAGUUCCAAGGUGUUUUGGCAUUACAAGAUUUGUGUGAUGGUUUCAUCAAUAUUAAUCAUCUUAUACUCGCUUACGGCCAUUCUGCUCUUGGGAUUGUCAUAUUUCUUCAAGCCCACUCGCAAGGAUGAAAACUUAUACACCUACCAGCCGUGGUGGAUUGAAUCAUUCCUGCCAUUUUACUUUGUGAAAAAAGGUGCAAAAUUAGAAGCGGAAGAGACGUUUAUGAAGAGAAAUCACAACCACCGGCAUGCAGUCCGAGUGAUCGCUGCAACCCAUCACCACUAUAAUAUGGUGGAAGGAUUGACUAAUCAAAGAGGGGAUUUAACGCAUAAUACCUCAAUUUUGAUUAUUUUUAUCUCCACUACUUUUCUCUUUUUAGCAUCUGUUGUUCGGUGUAUUGCAGUGUUCCAGGCCAAUGCUGCCUUUAGAGGAGGACGAGUUUGUGAACCAGUUUUGAUGUAUAUUGUUUGGGGAUUGCUUGAGGUGGUCAUCAAUAUACUUUUCUUGGUGGGUAGAGUCGACUUACGAUUCUACAGACCCGAUAAAUUACCCAAGAAAGUUAGAGCUAUCAUCACUGCUGAGCAGUCGGUGAUGGUGAGUAUUAUCACUGCAGAGCAGAGUUUUUUUGCAUCCAGAAACAUUUCUCAAAAUGUCUCAGAUGAAGAGGAAUCGGAAGCGGAAGACAUGGAUGACUUCAGCUACACAGAACUGCCUCCAAGUCGAACAGCUGCUCCCCCAGGAUACGAAUUUAAGAACGACAAGCUUGAGGAAUCGACUUCUAAUGAUAACGAAUCUGAUUUCAACUUUUAGAAUUAAACAGAGAAUAAUGAAUUAGCCUGAAAAGGUAAAGAGUUAGAAAAUUUAAAUCAUGUAGAACUAAAAAGCGGCGUGUAAAUUAUUGGGUGAAUCAAAUGGUGAAACCGUUAUAAAAAAUGGAAUGGUUAAAAAUGCAGGGGAGAGAUAUUAUAUGAAAAAAAGCAAAAUUAGCCAAUAUUAACGCACUACUGCAAAAUGCAGCAUACCUAUAUUAACUAGUACACUUAGAUCGCACCACUUUUGCUGCUACACACUUUAACUCAGCACUGAACGACCAGAGCAAACUGGGGGGGGGGAAACUACUCAAUUUGGAGGCGGAUAUUUUCCAAAAAUAUACUUUUCGCCUUAUCAGUACCAGUUUUCCGAAAUAUGAAGACUCAAAAAAUCCUUGCAAAAAAGAGGAUAACCAGCCAGGUAAAAUGAUUGGCCAAGAAAUUAGUGGUAAGAUGAGUAAUAAAAUCAACCUAUUAUUAACUUAAGACGUACUUACCCUGACGUGGC